AUGGUGAAAUCAAUUGAAGAUGCAGACAAACCUGCCAAAAGAGGCAAAAAGCCAGAAGUGAAAAAGGGAGAUAAGGGGGGGGGGUCAAGUCUCAAAAAAUAUGUGCCGCCUAAUCAACCCACAUUUCCUCCUAGUGAAUCUGACAGCGAAAGCUCAGCCGAUGAGGGUUCGGUGCAUGGUGAUACAUCGCUUCGCUCGCCUACACCAGAGGUACUUGUUCAGUCCCAAGAACCUUCUCCUCCACCUAUUUCUAUACCUGUCUCCACCCCUCCUAUUUUUCCUGUCAUUACAUCUCAACCAUCCUCUACCAUUCCUAUUUCUGCAACCAUCUUUAUUGAGGCUACUACUACCACCACUACUGGAGUUCAAACCAACGUAUCUGAUACAGGGGCUCGUUCUUCAGCACCCGAACCCCUAGUCACUACCGAACCUCCAGUUACCACCACACCACCAUCUCCUACCCAAUCCACUGAAACCAACACUGUUCUUGGAGGUGAGGACUUGGAGUUUGAUUCAACUUAA